AUGGCAAACACCUAUGUCACUGCAUCUGAUGGGUACGGUCUUGCUGAACCUGCACAGUAUUAUGAUGUUUUGCCAGAACAAAUCCAUUAUCAACUGUGUGGCACCGAUUUCCAAGAGGCACCCUAUUGCCAGUAUUCUACUGCUCAGUUCCCUCCAGCUUUACAGGCGUCAUCUUUUCAAAGCCAUUUCAACGCACAUGGCUUGGAUCCACAGUACAGCGGUGGUGGCUGGUGUGGACUUGAUGCCCAUGAAUCAAGUCAGUCCACUUACAUGAUUGCUCACGAUGAUGAAGAUGGAUUCCCUGGGAUACAAAGGUCCAGACCAACUUGCUCUUUACGCUGGAAGAGACAAGAUGAGCUCUGCGUGGUCUGUGGAGAUAAGGCAUCAGGGUACCACUACAAUGCACUAACCUGUGAGGGCUGCAAAGGUUUUUUCCGACGCAGCAUCACCAAAAAUGCAGUUUACAGUUGCAAGAAUGGUGGCCAUUGUGAAAUGGAUAUGUAUAUGCGUAGAAAAUGCCAAGAGUGCAGACUGAAAAAAUGUAAGGCAGCAGGGAUGUUGGCAGAAUGUUUGCUCACGGAGAUCCAGUGUAAGUCGAAGAGACUUGGUAAGAACUUCAAGCAGAAGACUGCCCUUUGCUCUGACUUCCGAGUGGGAGAUGGAAGCCCAGACAGCAAGCUUGUAUCAUCCACUACCAGAUAUGGAAAAGGGGGUCAGGAAAGCGUGGCACUAACUCAAGAGGAACAUCGUCUUAUGAAUACCAUAGUGACUGCUCAUCAAAAAUUCAUGAUUCCUUUGGGGGAAGCAAGUCUGCUUCUGCAGGAGCAUUCCAACCCUGAGCUAAGUUUUCUGAGACUCUCAGAGGCAGCAGUUCUAAACAUACACAGGCUGAUGAAUUUUACCAAGGGACUGCCAGGAUUUGAAAAUUUAACCAGUGAGGAUCAGACUGCAUUACAAAAGGAGUCAAAAACUGAAGUGAUGUUCCUUCAUGUAGCCCAGCUUUACUGUGGGAAAGAAUCAACCUCUGGAAGUAUUAUAAGACCAUCAAAGCCCUUAGCUCGGACACUGGAAGUGCAUAAUCAGAGCAAUGAAGAAAAUGUUUAUUCUUUGGAAAACUUUUUCAAGCAAGGCUGUCCUUCUGCUACUCUAACUGGUAUUACUGAAGAAUUUGUUGCCUCACUGUCUUACUUCUACAGAAGAAUGAGUGAACUCAAUAUAACGGAUACAGAAUAUGCUCUGCUUACAGCAACAACAGUGCUUUUCUCAGAUCGUCUGUGCCUUAAAAAUAAGCAACAUGUAGAAAACCUACAAGAACCAGUUCUGCAACUUUUGUUCAAGUAUUCAAAACUGUACCAUGCAGAAGAGCCACAGCAUUUUGCUCGCCUCAUAGGGAGGCUUACUGAACUGAGAACCCUGAGUCACAUGCACUCGGAAAUCCUCAGCACCUGGAAAACAAAGGACCCCAGACUGGUGACGAUACUCUCUGAGAAAUGGAAUUUGCACCCAUUUAACUGAAAAUUUAGAAUGUUGAAUGACUGAUUUGAAAACUGUAAAGAAAAUCAUUGUGUUAUCACACAUCUCCAUAAAAUGGAGAUCCUAAGGCUCAUCAGAUUUUGUGGAAUUUUAGACUCUCAGCAGAGGAACACCCUAGGAUUCUUCCCAAUGGAGCUGUGUGGUGGCACAGUCCUGUGCUUGGGAGAUGCAGGCAGGAUGAUCCCGAGUUUAAGGCCAUCCUGGGCUAUAUAGUAAGACCUCAUCUCAGAAGAAGAAAGAGAAGAACUAAUGGCCAUUGUUUUUUCAUGAGUCCUCACCUAACGAAACUAAUUUUUUUCAUUUAACUGACGAUAUAAUGUAUAAACAUGAACAAAGGUUAGUUGUAUUAGGAUAAGGCAGUGCAUAUGACUGAUGGAAUAAGAAGCUGAUGCUUAAAGCUUGUCACAGAAUUUCAUGAAUGAUUAAAGAGAAACAACACCUUUUCAAAUUGUA